AUGAAGUUGGCCGAGACGAUGCAUGGCUUGAAGCCCAACUCCGUCUUCGAGAUCUUGGUCCAGACAGCCGGGCUGCUGAUACUGGCUCUCAUAGGUCAAACAGCUUGGUCGCUCUUCGACAAGCUUCGAAGUUUUCCAGGACCAAUUGCGGCGAAAUGUUCCUCGUUUUGGCUGGUGCAGCGAUGCAGGCAAACUCGGCGCUCGGAGAGCGUCAUGGCAUUGCAUCGUAAGUACGGGGAUUUUGUGCGCGUGGCUCCGAACCACAUCUCGAUCAACCGGCCGGAGGCAGUGGCAGAAAUCUACGGACAUAAGACCGGCUUCGUGAAGAGCGACUUUUAUGACGCUUUCUUACAGGUCACGCCUGUCGUAUUCAACUGUCGAGGUGUCCCAACCCAUCAACGGAAACGGAAGUACAUGAAUCCAGCUUUCUCCGCCCGUGCUCUCCAGGAUUUUGAGCCGUACAUGGACGAAGAGCUUCGUAAGUGGCAGGCCAAGCUUCUAGAGAUGACAGAGGGCCCAGAUCAGGCAACUGUGCUCGAUUUCGCAGUUUGGACUAAUUACCUCGCCUUCGACGUAAUCGGUAGCUUUGCCUUUGGCAAAUCAUUCGAUUUCAUCAGCAAGGGCCGCGACGAUAUCAACCUGAUCUCAACCAUUGAUAUGCGAGGAGAGGUUCUCAAUGCUCUUGGGGCAGUGCCUGUAUGGCUACGUGGCUUGAUGAAGUAUAAUGUGUUCGACAGAUGGUGGUAUCGAGGCCUCAGAGCUACAGCCAACCUCGAGAAAAUUGGUCGUGCAGCAUAUCAUCAACGCAAAGCUUCACCGGACACUCGCAAGGACCUUCUGAGCUACUUUUUCGCUGCACAACGAUCAAACUCAGACGUAUCACCUGAUGAGCUUGAGAUCAUCGCCGAGUCCAUUAGCUUUAUUGUCGGUGGGAGCGAUACAACGAGCAGCACUAUGACUAACUUCAUCGAUAUGGUCUCCCGUGACCGUGAUCUACAGAGGAGGAUACAAAUGGAGAUCGACAGUGCCUAUCCUGGUCAGAAAGACGAGGAUUGGGUGCCUUCGGAAAAAGAGAUCCUGCAGAAACAGCCAUUGUUGCUAGCAACUCUGCGCGAGGUGAUGCGAUUCCGCCCGACGAGCGCCACCGGCCUGCCCCGGCUGACUCCAAAAGGUGGGAAAGUUAUAUGUGGACAGUUCAUCCCUGAAGGUACGGUUGUCAGCGUACCGACUUGUGGUGUGUUGAGCGAUUCCCGAGUUUUUGAAAACCCAGGCCAUUUCACACCUGAUAGAUGGCUGCAAGAUGAUUCAAGCGCACUUCUGGACUUUUUUGUGCCGUUUUCAAUAGGUCCAAGGGCAUGUAUCGGACGCAACUUUGCGUGGAUGGAAAUUCUAAAGGCCCUCGUUGUUGUCUUUAGACGUUUUGAUGUGCAGCGGGACACUUUGGAAGCUACUGUGAUCCGUGAGGGGUUCUUCAACAAGGCCGAAGAGUGCAAGGUCCGCCUGAGCCGACGAUAG